UGUACAUUACACGAAUCUCUAAUGUUUUACUUGUCACCAUAUAUAAUGAGUAAAUAUUUUGUUCUAAUUUAUAUGUAAUGAAUACUCACCAAUUAGCCUAGGGUGUUGUUAGUUGAUUCAACUUUCAUACAUUAAUUUUUUCAACAAUCUCCAUAGGCCUGUGUCACCUCGCCCUUUUCUUUCGAUGUACUUGUCUUGUCCAUGCAAAUAUCCAUGGAAUUGCACGGAGUUGACCGAUUCCACCUGAACUAUUUCUCCUUGUUGGACGGCUACCAAUGUUGAGAUAUCCUAGCUCAGCCUGAGGUGUUGCUUCACUGAAAUGAUACAUGUAUCCAUCACUCCACCAACCAAAAAAUAUAUGAAAAAACAAAGGCUGCCAAAAUUCCUAUAUAAACUCCUAAAACAAACCAAGAAUCCAAAAGACAAACAGAGAAGCCAAAAAAGAGACUUUCCCUUCUAGUUUUGCUUACUUUUCUGCCAAACAAUUCAUAUCUCUUUCCUCAUUAGUGAAAAACUCCACCUCCUUAACUCACAUGUCCACUGAAUUUGAGAAACAUAAAAGAUUAAAAAUAACCUUAACUUUCCUUUUUACAACUCCCCUAGCUUCAAACUCAAAAUCCCUUUUAGUAUUAUCUCCAAUUAUACUCUAAAAAUGGAAGCUUUUCAUCAUCCCCCUAUUAGCUUUCACUUUCCCUAUGCUUUUCCUAUCCCAACACCAACAACCAAUUUUCUUGGAACUCCAAAUUCAUCAUCAAUUAAUGGAAUGAUCAUCAACACUUGGAUGGAUAGUAGAAUUUGGAGUAGACUUCCACAUAGACUUAUUGAUAGAAUCAUUGCUUUUCUACCACCACCUGCUUUCUUUAGAGCUAGAGUUGUUUGUAAGAGAUUCUAUGGACUUAUUUAGUCUACACAUUUUCUUGAAUUGUACUUGCAAGUUUCACCUAAGAGGAACUGGUUCAUUUUCUUUAAACAAAAAGUACCAAGAAACAACAUUUACAAGAACAUGAAAAAUAGUAGUGACUCUGGAGUUUGUUCUGUUGAAGGUUACUUGUUUGAUCCUGAUAAUCUUUGUUGGUAUCGGCUUUCUUUUGCUCUAAUCCCACAAGGGUUUUCUCCUGUUUCAUCUUCUGGUGGAUUAAUUUGCUUUGUUUCUGAUGAAUCUGGAUCAAAAAACAUUCUUUUAUGUAAUCCACUUGUAGGAUCCAUAAUUCCCCUGCCUCCAACUUUAAGGCUUAGGCUUUUUCCUUCUAUUGGUUUAACUAUAACCAACACAUCUAUUGAUAUAGCUGUAGCUGGAGAUGACUUGAUAUCACCUUAUGCUGUUAAAAACUUAACUACAGAGUCAUUUCAUAUUGAUGGUAAUGGAUUUUACUCAAUGGUGUACAACUUCAACACUUCCAAGAUUAUGCAGUUUUGAAUCAGGCAAAAUGGUGCAUGUACACAAAACAAAAACUAAAGGCACAAUGAUUGAAACUAUUGAAAGCAGCUGAAAAAUUGAACAUGAACAAUAAACCCCAUAUGGAAUAAGAAGUGGUCAACGAAAGAUAAAAUUGGGGAACAUUUUUAAUGUACUUUCAAUUUUGAAGAAAACAAAGAAACAAUAUGAAGAAAAUUACGUUGAAGUCUAGAACAAUGUUGGAUAAAGGAUGUAUGCUAUAGUAUU